AUGGGUGACGGUCCGCAAGGACAGGUUUCCGUCCGAUUCCUAGGUGAGGAUGGCAACGAACUUGGAGGAGCAGGUAUUUUAUUGCCAACAUCGGUUACCAGCAAUCAACUCCAGAUCCUUUGCAAUCAACUGCUUGAAACUAGUGAUGACCCAGUACCAAUCUCUUUCUUCACUGAGGACGGCGUGGAAAUCAUAAAUAGCAUUGAACAAAGUCUGGAGAAGAUAGACACAGAAAAGACAUUAUGUCUGGUGUACCAGCCACAAGCCGUAUUUCGGGUACAGCCGGUGACGCGAUGUUCGUCCAGUAUGCCUGGACACGGAGAACCGGUCAUUACUGCGCAGUUCAGCCCGGAUGGCCGAGGACUUGCCAGUGGAUCAGGUGACACGACAGUGAGAAUAUGGGACAUUGACACAGAAUUGCCUCUGUUCACAUGCAAAGGCCAUAAAAACUGGGUCCUAUGCAUUGCUUGGUCCCCGGAUGCAAAGAAAAUUGCAUCUGCAUGCAAAAAUGGACAGAUCAUGAUUUGGGAUGCUGCAACUGGCACUCAGAUAGGAAAAACUCUGCAACGGCACAAGCAGUGGAUCACCCAUCUUGCUUGGGAGCCCAUGCAUCAGGAUCCCAGAUGCAGGCUUCUUGCUAGCGCUGGAAAGGAUGGCAAUAUUCUCAUUUGGGACACCAUCCAAGGAACCGUAGUGCGGUCGCUAAGUGUGUGGCGUGCUAGCGAUGGGAUUAUCUGCCGUAAUCUUCUCGGACACGCGCACUGGGUCAACACGCUAGCUUUAAACACAGAUUAUGCGCUGCGAACAAGCUGCUUUGAUCCCAAGACUGGUUGUAAUAGGCCAAAAGGAGAUGACGAAUGUCGAGCAGUUGCUCAGAAAAGAUACGAAGAUGCUCUCAGAGUUUGCGGAGAAGAGCGAUUAGUCAGUGGCUCGGAUGAUUUCACAAUGUUUCUUUGGGUUCCAUCAAAAUCUAAAAAUGCUGUGGCAAGGCUUACUGGUCAUCAGCAGUUAGUGAAUCAGGUUGUAUUUUCACCCGACACUCGGUAUAUUGCCUCCGCAUCAUUUGACAAGUCCGUAAAGUUGUGGUGCGGGAAGACUGGGAAAUUUAUUGCAUCGCUAAGAGGUCAUGUCAACGCGGUCUAUCAAGUCGCAUGGUCGGCGGAUAGUCGGUUAUUGGUAUCUGGAUCAGCUGAUUCAACUCUGAAGGUGGAGUUUCCAUUUUUAGUUGUGGUGGCAGGGCUUCAAGCAAUACUUAUCAAAAAAAGCAUUUAUUUUAACUCUACUUAUAAUCAAGCGUAAAA